AUGGCUUCGGUCAAAGUAGCAGUCAGAGUGCGGCCCCUUAAUAAAAGGUGAGGAAAAUAUUUUCGUUCUAAGUUAUAUUGUCGUUCGUGGCAGAGCCGGCGAAAUCGAAUGCCUCGCUUUGUAAAAAUCGGUUAAAUGUCUUCUUUGAAUCGUCCAGGGAACGCGAUAUGGCCGCAAAAGUUUGCAUUCAUAUGGAAGGGAAGAAAACUACAAUCACUAGUCCCGCCGUAAGUGAUUUGAGAAAUUUUUCGUCCAUUUUACGUAGGUGGACAGUUGCUUCUUUGCUGCAAUCUUGUAAAAUUACGGUAGUCUAUGAAGUCUAUAAAAAUUCUCUCAUUUUUUUAGGGAGAAGACAAGGACUUUUCAUAUGAUUUUUCCUACUGGUCCGCCGAUAGCUCAGACCGGCAUUUCGCCUCGCAGGAACAGGUGAUUUUUUUGAGAAUUUAGCUUCCUUUUAAAUACAAUUUUAAAUCCAGACCGAAGAUAUUUUCGUGCAGUUGGCGAUUCGUACGUCAUUGUGAAUAUGUAAUCAGUUAUUGAAAUUUUAUACACAGUCUCACGUAGAUUUGCUAGCAAUGGGUAUUCUUGACCCCAGAGUGAUCCACACUUGUUUUUAAUCCACUGAAAAAUUUCUAGCAACAGUGGUGUAAGCUAAUGUUUUGUUUUCGAAUUUUUUCAAAGGCUGCAACUCACUGGCCAUCGUUUAUUUUGGGAUCCUAUUUCCGUUUUCUAUAUGUUACAUUUGUCUGCUUUUUUAUAACCUUAUAUUCAUUUGUUUUGCAAGCCAAAUUUAAAAUAACACUGAUCAAACUAUAUAUAAGCCUUUUGGCAAUCUAUAAGAUUGAAUCGUAACAAUGAAAAAUCAAUUUUCCUUUAAAUUUAUUGCUGUUAUUUCAUGUGGAAUCAGAGUUGAACCUUCAGUUUAAAAAACACUGAUUAAUUCGUUCUUUAGACAUAAAUUAAAAUUAUACCGCCCUUUAUGAAUGUCUUGAUGAUGUUUUGAUUUUGUAGUGCUAAAUCUGUUUCACGAUCUGGUAACAGUUUGAUUUCACGUAAAGUAUAAAUUCAAAUUUAUUGUUUACUUCAAUAGUGAUUACAGAUUGUUCACUGCAUGCAUGAGAAUCAUAAAUCAAAAGAGAACAAAAUGUAAAUAAUUCUGUUUGUAUAAAUGUUUUAUGUUGUUAACCAUCCUUGAAAUUAAAAGCCAAUCAUGCACAGAUAUUUGUAAAAACAUAACCCACUUCAAAUGACAAUCAGAAAGUACAAUGUUUAUAUAAUCAGAAUUACAGAGCUUGUCUUAAUAGAGAAGCAUAAAUACUGGACUGUUGUCUCUUUAACAUUGUACUGGGUUUUACGUAAUUAUACUUCUGCUGUUUGGUAAAAUCAUGUCAUUAGUUCAUGUUAACAACCAUGUUCGUUGUCAUAAAAUGUAAAAAAGUGCUCACAAAUUAAACAGAUUUUGUGGUCUGUUAAAUCAAAAGUUCUCUGAAUUGCUCUUGGAAGUGAGCAAACGAUAAUGUUUCACUGGACAAAUUUUUCAGUCAACUCUUUUUAAUACAAAAUUGAUUGGACCAGCUCUGACUGUCCAUCUUUGAAAAGUGUCUGCCUAAUAUUAUACCGUAAACUGUCUCUUAUGAAACCCAUCACCAGUAUAAGCAUGUGGGGAAGGUUCCAGCAAGCAAGUAGGGAAGACAUAGUUAUUCAGAGGGUCAAAGGCAGUGCUGGGAGCAAAACGGCCAAACGAGCUGCACGCAAAUGGCAACAUUAACGAAUUGAAUUGACCUAUUACUCAGGUCCUCCGGGCUCUAGGACUGCCCUGCAUAUGAUUAGAGAGAAAGAUUUAUGGCCAGCAUUGUCAUUUUUUUAGCAUCACAAGGGACAGAGACAGUUGACUGUUAAUGCCCAGAAACAAAAUUAAUUUGAAAAUUUCAAACAUCCUACCUCACAGUCACUUGACAAUCCUGAUGCUAAUGACAGCAAAUAAUUAAAAGGACAAGGUUUAACAUCUUUACCAGGCCAAAGUCUGAUGGACUGAAUCAUGAUCCUGUUCUGCUGAUUUUUAGGUGUUUGAGGAUUUGGGAAAUGAUGUAAUUCAGGCAGCAUUUGAAGGCUACAAUGCUUGUAUAUUUGCUUAUGGUCAGACUGGGGCUGGCAAGUCAUAUAGCAUGAUGGGACAGGAUGUAAGUAUUCAUAACUUCAGUGUUCUUACCAGACCGCAGUAUUGCGGCAUUGCGGCAUUGUCACACUUUUUUGGGAAAUGCCACACUAUAAUUAGCCUAAGGAGUCCCAAGGGUACAAAAAAGGGAAGGGAAAACACCUAGUACAAAAUGUAUGUAAACGUACCUACACAUACAGUGUAUACAUUUCCUUACAACGUAAGCCAAAAUUUAAUUGGUUAUGGCGUGUUUAGAAAACAUCCAUCAUUAUCGAAGACUCAGAGCUGUGAAAACAUUGAGUUAACUGUAUCUAAAAAUUGUGACCUGCUUUUCUCUCCCAUGAUCCCCUGUUAGCUUCUCUAUGGGUCCUAUAUAUCCCAGCAUAUGAAAUCCUGGUAAGAACACUGUAACUUUAUACAAUGUACAAUUAUCCGGAAAAAAGUAAAAGUAAAAAGGUAUGUCAUGCGCAUACUGCUGCUUUAAGAUAAAUUCAGAGUGCUAUUGCCUUUAUCAAUGCACAAAAUGCUCUUGCAGUGAGUUGUUAGGAAGACAAGAGUGAGCACUACCCAUUUGGUUAUUGUUGCAGGCAUAACGUUAAAACUUAAGAAAAGUUUGCUCAAGUUUUUUAAGUUUCAAUCCAUGAUAUCCAUCUUUGCCAUCUGUAACAAUAGAUGACAGGAAGUAUUUAAUGCCUUAAUAUCUUUAAAUUGAUUAUUAAUAACAAAAUUAUCUGGAUGUCCAUUAUUUUAAAAAUUUUGCAUGACAUGGGUUACUGUGGUAAAAGGAGUUUAUAUUAAGAAAAAUUAUGUAUCUUUAAUCCGAACCGAAAGAAGGUUAUGACUAGAACUGAACAACAUAAGCUACAAGGCGAGAGAAUAAAUCACAAGAUUAUGCAAUCGAGGAGCACUUGUAAUCCCCUAGAGAGGGUCAUACGAUCACGAUCUUAAUCAACGAAUCACUUUACAUGAUUAUUUCUCCAACAGUUUGCACGAGAGUUAAGUAUUAAAGUUGUUGACAUUCAUGCUGAGUGUCAGCAUACUACAUGACAAAAUAUAGACCAACCAUUUAUUUAUUGAACUUGAAGUGUCUUCAAAUGAAACCUCUCUGAAGUUUUAUAUUCAAACUGGGUUGCAAAUAAUACCUGUAGUGGAACCUCUAUAAUGUGACUAAGGGCUAAGGGACCAGCAAAAUAUGACUGUUCGUUAAUUAUAAUGAGGUUUCAUUAUAUUGAGGUUCUUAACUUUGAACCAUAUAUUUUGCUAAUUACUGAGGUCAAGAAUAUCAUCGUUAUAUAGGCAUUAUUUUGUUAAAUCAAGGUCUCACUGUAAUGACAUUUUUAUUUUACAUCAACAAUCCAUGUGAAACAGUAAUUAUAACAUAUUUCUUUGUUUGAUGUUGAACUUUAUUUUAGACUGCACCCGGGCUUAUACCAAGAAUAUGUCAGGUAUGAACUAACUACACAUUUUUUUGUUAUAAUUAUGUUAUAUUUUAUUAUGGUCCUAAUUAACUUAGAGGGGAACAUCAGGAGGUGAUGACAUUGUAACACCACAAGGAUGAAUCAACGAUUGCUGCAAUGCUGUGUUAUACAAAUACCCCAUGAAAAACUGUCCACCAUGGCACAAUUACCAUACACCUGUAAAACCCAAUGUCUUCUCUCAGUAAAACAGUUCUGUUGUUAAGUACAGUGCACUGUAUUUCCAUCCUGAAAAUAAUGUUGAUGCAGUGUAAUACAGUCAAAGGUCUUUUAAUUAGACACCCUCUGGAAGCUAAAAAAGUUUCCACAACAGUCAACUGGAGCUUGCUGCUUGUAGAGCUGUUCUCUUAUGAGAUUAUCCAUGGAGAGAGCUUAGACUGUACAUGUAGUUUAUCCUUAAUACUUUUUUCUGCUAGGGCCUGUAUUCACGCAUGGAGUCCAGUGGUGAUGACAAAACUGAGUUUAGAACUGAAGUCAGGUAAUGAGUAUGUUGUCAUUAAUUCUGACCUGAAUAAUUAUGUGCAAAAUUAUUUGUUCUCAGUCUGGUGUGAAAACCCAGUUAGUAGUACUGUACAUGUAUUUUAAAUAAUUAUUUAUUAUUGCUGAUAGUUAUCUAGAAAUAUACAAUGAAAGAGUCGGAGAUCUCCUGCGACCAGCAAAAGGAAAGGACAAAUACACUCUCAAAGUGAGAGAGCAUCCUAAGGAGGGGCCUUAUGUACAAGGUGCGUGUUUUGCUGAGUUAUUUUUUUAGUAACACUUUCAGUUCCAGUACCUUACCAGUACAAGAAAAAAACUUGAAUUCCUGAGCUUGUCCUUUGGGCAAGCAGCUCUCACAUUUUGCUCAUCCUGGACCACUUCUUGCUUGUCGUUCUUAAUGAUUUUAUUCUAGUAGAUGACUUGCCUGUACCAGUUGCCCAUUGGGUUAGUAAGCUUUAAAGGUUACUUGCCCAGCUGAAAAUCUACUUGUCCUGGACUACUGGAGGGGACCUUUUUUGAGCCUUGCCAUACUAAAGUACAUGUAAUGCAUCUGGACUUCAGAGCUGGAGCUAGUAUGCAUGCUAGGCAUUGGAGGAGGAAUAGGAAUUUGAGCCCAUGAGAAGGAAGAAGGGCAUGCCAAUUCACUUCCUCUUCUCUUUCUAAUGCCCUCUGCACAGGCUAAGCUAGAGCUUGCGGUUCUAUCUCCUCUACACCAAGCUUUUAUCCUUUAAGCCCCAAUAUUCAAUACAAAUUCUCCAAACUGAUCUCUAUACAUUUCCUAUCAAAGUAUUUUCUCUUAGGUGAUCAUUUAAUUAAUUCUCAUAACCUCAUCUCAUGAUAAUGUAUGGGUAUCGUUAGGAGAAAAUUGCUGUUGGUCUCUAUUGGGAUGCCUAUAAGGGACAUACAGUACUUCAAUGUUGAGGGUAACUGUCUGUUGAGCUGCCAUCCUAUCCAGUGGGGAGUGCUUUAUGAUACAGAAACCAGGAUCAUCUACAGCCACAUGCUCCUGCAAUGUGUUGGUCCAGAAAAUGAUUUUAUCCAUUCCUUCCCAUGGAGGGUUUACUGUUUUAUGGAUCCAUACUUUCCUUUUAACAUUAGACCCUCUGAUAACCUCCUUAGAAUUUCUUAUAAUCUUCCUUGGUGUAGGCAUGGAUACUUUCUGGAACCAAGCAUUGGCUCAAAGUGCACCUUUACCUUUAACAAGGCAGUUUUAACUGUGUCGUUUGUGGGUAAAAUCCCAUGUAUUGUGACUAUUGUGAGGAUAGGUGUCCUGUGCUUUCUUGUUUUUAUAAUAAAAUGCUGUUCUUGUCCCAGAUGGGCGGAGUUUGGGUACCCUGUUUCAAACCAAAAUAAUGUGAUUUUUCCCACCCUCACUUCAAAUCUCAAUCAAAAUAUUUUGAUACCUUACAUGUAGGGGUAGUGGUAUGUCAGUGUAUGCUGUUCCAAAACUGCUGAACAGUGUAGUCUGCAUCAACACUUCAAAAACGUGGCGUAUUUUGAAUUUUCAAGUCAUAGUACUUAAUGUAGAAGUUUGUAAUAUGUAUUACAGAUUUGACAAAGCAUGUGGUGAAGGACUAUGAAGGCAUUGAGAAUCUCAUGGAUGAAGGCAACACAAACAGGUGAGAAAUUAGCAAGCCAGCUUGUACAUGUAAAGGAAUUGCUUCAAUCGCUAGGAUCACUGAAGCAAUACUGAUAAAGUUUACAAUGUUUCAAACAACUCUUCAAUGAUUGUGGCAGUGGUUGACACUGCAGUAAUGAAUUAGACUUUUUUGCUAUCUCAAGUUUGGUUAAUCCACUUGAUUGUUGCUGGGAUCCCUCAGUUUCCUGGGUUUUUUUCAGUGAUCACUAUAGCAUCAUGUUGAAACCAGCCUUUACUGUAUAGUAUGUACAGCUUACUGUUAGUAAAGUAUAUAUAUAUAUAUAUACGUGUAAUAAAGUGGCUAAAGCCGUUAAACAAUGCACAAGUGACUGCAAACAACGCAACCAAGAACUAUAUCGGACUGACAGAAGGGACGUUUAAACAAAGAUUUUCACAACACAAAGCGACAUUUAAACACAGGAAAUACACGAACAGCACCGAACUCUCCAAAUACAUCUGGAAACUACGUGACAAUAAUCAAGACUUCAACAUCAAAUGGACUAUAAUCAGCCGUGCAAGACCCUACAACAACAUUUCUAAACGAUGCGACUUAUGCUUAACAGAGAAACUAAUGAUCAUUACUGCAAACCCCGACAGAAUCCUAGAUAAAAGAUCAGAACUGAUUUCCAAGUGCCGCCACGAAAACAAGUUUUACCUUAGGAACAAUUGACUCAAAAACAACACUCUAUUAGUUUUUCCUCACACCUAAUUGUAAUUAGAACCGCACUGCCCUGCUUUUUGUAAUCAAUAGACACGUGUAUAUAUAUAACUUGAUAGGUUUAUUCUCCAUUAAAUACUGUCUGAUGAGUGCGUGAGCACGAAACUCGGAGUAACAGAGAAUUUUGUCUCUUCGUUAUAUCUUCUUAUAUAUAUAUAUAUAUAUAUAUAUAAAAACAAACAAAUUAACAACAACAACGACUUUUUCCCAAACAUGCCGCACAAAGCAUCUGUCCUGCAUUAUAAUAAUUUUCUUUUCUUUGAGUCUGUGUGUGGGUAGUUCAGAAAAGUUUGCUCAAUGUGCUCAUGGUUCUCAUCCAGAUUCUCUUAUUUCAAUAUUUCAGGACGGUAGCAUCUACCAACAUGAAUGAUGUGAGCAGUCGAUCCCAUGCAAUAUUCACCAUAUUAUUCACACAGGUUAGUUUUUUAGUGACAGCAUGGUGGAGUGGUGAUCACAGCACCUGUCUUGCCAGUCCUGAGUUCGAGUCCUAAUCUCUGACCAAUUGCUGGAUGUGCAUGGUUUCUCAGCUGCCUGAAAUAAAAUAUUGAAUGAACAACAGCUUUCAUGAUCUGACAUUAAUUUAGGGUUUUAUAGGAAACCUGAAUUCCAGCUUAUUGUACUUUGGUCAUGGGCUAUAACGUUUAGCUUGCCUGUGGCCAUUGCUCGCCUGAUUGUGUUCGCUAAAUGAUUGAGCUACAAGAUGAAUUGCCUAGACCCUUUCUCAUCAAGCAUUCUUUGCAAGUUUCAAUAUACUCAUUAUCAGAAAGAAAGUCUUAUAUGAUGUGUACUUGUCCUGGACAAGUAGGUGCAUGGCGUUUUUUGAGCCCUGUCAAAUCUUAUUUGAAUUUGUAAAUCUGGCCUUUUCUAUUUUCUUUGACUGUGUGCAUGGCAGUGCAUAAAUUGGGAAUACAUGCUAAUGUGUUGAAUGUUUGGACUGCUUAAUUGUAGGCCAAGUUCUAUACUGAUAUGCCAAGUGAGACUGUUAGUAAGAUUCACCUUGUUGACCUGGCUGGAAGGUUAGUUAACUUGUUUAAAUACAGUUGAAACUUUAUACUGCUCAAUAUUAUCCAACAUUGUUGGAUAGAAUCAGUUCCAUUUUAAGGCAUUCUGAAAAACAGGAGAAUAAAACACUAUUGAGGCUAUACAUGUUGAUGCAGAUCUGACUUGAGAUGUUUACUGUGCAAUGUUACUGUCUCAUAUAAUUUAUUAUGUGCAAGAUAUUAAAUGCUGCCAGUGAUAAAUACAGUGUAUGUAAAUAACAAAAUAAAUUAACAAAUACAUUAUACAUCUUUCCUUUAAAGCGAGAGAGCAAACUCUACUGGUGCAACAGGAAGCAGAUUAAAAGAAGGAGCCAACAUCAAUAAAUCUCUGGUCACAUUAGGAACAGUUAUCUCAGCACUUGGUAUUAUAAUUAUAUUGAAUUCACACUCAGAUAGAUUCUAUUUUUUUGAGCACUUUGUAAGAACAAUGUGUGAACGAUGUCUGUGGGUAUUACAUAUCUUGCCAUAGUACUGAAUGCAGGUGUGCUACCAAUUUUUCCACUCCAAAAUUGCUUCUAAACACAUGUGCAAUUUAAAUAUUUACUUGGAAGUAUUAACAUCAUGGUAUCUCCUUUGUAGAUUAUUUACGUGGAAGUUACAGCUUUCCUGCUGUAAACGUGUUUCCUUGAAUAAGCGCCCACACUCUAAUAAGUGCCCUCUCCCAAACAAGCACCCACCCUCAAGGCCAUUAUAUCAAGUAAAUGCCCCCCUCGAAUAAGCGCCCCACUCGCCUUCCCCUCACUUUCUUAAAUAGUAGGGAUACAAUGAAAAGCAGCUUCAAUUCUAUUGCCACUUUAUUUUUAACAUUUUAGGUGUUGACUUCAGCGGAAUCAGUAUGGGAGAAUACAAUGUAGCUUCUCUGCCAUUAAGUCACUUCUAGUUAUUUCUGUAUCCCUGUGCGCGCUUGUAGAGUUCCUUUGUGUGCGUUAUCUCUUCUUCUAAUUUUUACCCUAUUGCCCACGCUCUCAGUAAUGCUGUAAACUUCCCAGGAACAACUAGACCAUUCUUUAAUUCAUUUAAGGAAAAAAAAUUAAGUUCCCCCCUUGAGUAAUUGCCCUCCUUUGAAUAAGUGCCCAGGUGCUUAUUCGGGGAAAUAUGGUAUAUCAUGGUCAGGGUUAAUCAUUGAAGAAUAAAGGGCAGCUUUUUGGGACAGAAUAUUUCCAGGUGAAAUCAUUACAUGCAAAGUAUACAAGAAGAAUAUGGGAAAAACCUGGGAACUUACUCUUUCUGAAAUAAAUCCAGGAGCACUCUAAUUCCCUGCUUCUUAUUAUACAAAAAUGGGUACUCCUGCAUCACUUAGAAUAUAUAGGAUAAAAAAUUGUCAUUAUUUUUAGUUAAGCUUGUCUUUGUUUGGUAAUUAUUCCUUUUGCUUUAUUGUAGCUGAAGCAAGUGAAAAUGCCAUCAUCAAAGAUGCCAAGAAGAAGCUCUUUAUUCCUUAUCGCAACUCAGUGUUGACAUGGUUACUCAAAGACAGCUUAGGAGGAAAUGCUAAAACAAUCAUGAUAGCAGGUAGAAAAGAAGUUCGUUGUUACUCAGUCCAGCGAAAAAUAAUUCCUUCACCAUAACAUUGCCAGUGAAUCGGUUUUUGAAGACCUGCUCCUAAUGGCCGUUUUUACACUAGAGACGUUAAACUAAAAAGUCAUCGAGAAUUAUUUAACUGAGACGUAAAAUUAAAGCCGACUCAUUCAUAACCAAGAAAAACAAAAACAGAAAAAAAAACAAACAACAACAACAACAAAAAACAACGUCAACAACCAGAAAAUGGUAAGAAAAAAAAUAUAAGAAGAAUUGGCAUAUUAGUAUAAGAUAGGUAGCCAGUUUGUUAGACGGACUUUCCCUUUCAUUUAACUCAUCUGCAGUUGGCACAGUCUAAGAUAAGAGGCACUUCAACAAACUGAAACUGUUAUGUUUUGUUUCCUUUAGCUAUUUCACCGGCUGAUGUCAAUUAUGCAGAGACUCUAAGUACUUUACGCUACGCCAACAGAGCCAAGAAUAUCAUCAAUAAACCCACUGUUAAUGAGGUUAGUCAUUAUGAUGUAAAAAGGUGAAAGUUUAAACUCCAUUUUAUAGAAAACGAGAAAGCAAAAAAAAUAGUUUACGGAAGAAAUCAGAAGUAAAUGACUUUAUUUUCAGUGCUCUAAAUCUGUGUCAAAAAGGUUAAAUUUUUAUUAAUUAAUUUGUUUUUGUGCUUCUUUUUUUCCUUUAUCGCGACUUACCCUGCCCCUGUGUCCACAUACAAAUUCUCCAUACUGUACUCCAUACAUUUCUGUAGAGAAUUAGUGGAGAGAAUUUGUUAACAGAUUAAAAAAGUUUUCUCCUGAUGUUCAUUUUAUUAAUUGUCGUAGCCUUUUCUUUCGAUUAUGUAUUGAUAUUUUUAGGAGAAAAUUGGCCACUCUUGGGUCUUUGUAUAAAGGGUUAAUCAUGUUCUUUAUUUUUAAGGAUCCUAACGUGAGACUCAUCAGAGAGCUACGAGCUGAGAUUGAUCGACUCAAAAUACUCCUUCAAGCUCAUGGGCAGGUAAGGAAUCCAGGAAAAGAAUGAUAGUGUUUUGUCAAAAGAUGUUCUGAACUCCUUUGCAAAAGCUUGCGUAACCUGUUCACAGACCCUCUAUUUUCUCUGUAGAGAUCGUCCAGCGCGCGCAUGAAAAUAAAAACCGCGGGGGAUUAAUUGGCCGCCCUUGUUCUCGCGCUCCGCGCUCUUCCUAGCAUAGCAGGGGCGGGGAUGGCAUUUUACACUCAGUCUCUCUCUAGUAAAUAACUCAGUUAUUUUGGUCAACGCAAUACAAAGAACUAAACUCUCUUUCCGCUUUAAAUGUUCUGAAAAAAAUGUCGGGUGGGGUGAAAACAAGUGAUGAAACCUGCACUGUCCCCCGGAUAAUGGAUGUCAGCGAUAUGCAGGGGGUAACCCUCUGCUAGACCAACAUCUCAUCAACUGCAGUUGCGGGGAAAUGGGGGUGUGGAAAGCAUUACUGCUAGUGCAUUACUGCUAGUUGCUAUAUCAUAGUGGGGAUGAUUGUCUUGAUGUAGCCUCAUACACUGUAUUUUUACCUUUCAUUAUUUGAGCCAAUAUCGCUGAAAAUUUUCACCAGCAUGAAUUUGAAAGGGCUUUUAAAUAAGUAGGCCAUGUUGGGUCGUUGCCAGAUAAGCCUUGUGCUGUCCUAGUAAGAGCUCCUUCUCCAAUUCUUUGUUUUUCAGGAUGGAAUUGGGGAACUUGGCGCCGCAGAAGAAACCAAGAUGACUGAAAGGCUUCAUGAAAAUGAAGCUCGUGUUGAAGAACUUACCAAGAACUGGACAAGCAAAUGGCGAGAAACUCAGAAAAUCAUUGAGGUAAACAAAACUGAGCUAAUGAGAAAAUCAAAUCAUCCCGAGUGUCCUGUAAGGAGGGCAGGGAAUACAUUGCAUUCAAAAUUAUGUUAUUAAAAAUCUAUUUUUCCUUUUGUCUUCUCUUGUUUCCUUGUAGGAACGAGCUCUCGGCUUCAGAUACGAAGGUGCUGGCAUCAAAAUGGAAUCGGAGCUUCCUCAUCUGGUCUGCAUCGAUGAUGACGUACUGAGCACUGGAGUCACGCUCUAUCAUUUGAAGGUAGGUAACUCUCGUCACGCGUCACGCUCUAUCACUUAAAGUUAGUAAACUGUCAAUCGGCCAUUUCCGUGUUCCGAAAACUCUCACUUUCAAAACGAGGCUAAGGGCAAAACUUUGCUUUUGAAAAUGAGUUUUAUUUACAUGAGAAUAAAAAAGAGUUUUCAAUAAAAUAAACUAACUUCGCACGUAGUCUCACUUUUGAAAAAGAGGCUCCAGCCAACCAACUCGGAAUGGCCUAAUAGUCUACCAAAUAAUGGUCUCUCUGGCUUUUUCAAGUCCUUCUCUGCCACGAUUUUGCCUGAGAAGGCUACAAUCAUCGUCAAAAGUGUUGGGAAGGCGGCUACUUUUUACCUCUUUUUUCCCCCCUCCCCCCACCCCUGGCCCAAUGUUGAGCAAAAUGUUAAUGCCUUUGCGCGUAAUUGUUCUGUUAUAUCCCAACAUUGAAAAGAGGGGACGGGGGAUAUUUAGCAAAGAGAGGAUUUGAAGAUUAAAAUGGACUACUGUUAAGUUGUGCAACCUUCCCAACUACUUUUGUCUGGGAUUGUAGAUCGUGACUAUAUAAUUUAUUGCAAGCCACUAAAGGCUUCCCUUACGAUUCACAGGACGGCAUGACGUACAUUGGAAGAGAGGAUGCCAAUUUUAAUCCUGAUAUAGGUAAGGUUUGAUUGUCAUGGUAAUGGUAAUACGUUAUGCCGUUUUGAAAUAACUUGUCGUACACACACACAAGUCUGAGGAAUCUACACUUAGCUGUUUAACGAAUGAACACGUCUGGUUGUGCCUCGUUUUUUCAACCCCCUUCUCACUGUCUGGACAUUGGAUGAGAUAUUUUCGGUGUCCCAAUUGUUAGCAGGUGCUAAGGUAUCUGAAUGGCUUUUUCUCAUUUCUCUUCGUGUUUGUUAAAAUUGCUCUAAAAGGACAAAAAUAAUACAGUAUUUAAUUGUGAAGUCAAUGGGAUCUGAUGUAUAUCUUUUUUAUCUACAGUGUUAUCUGGGCCGGGUAUUGAACCAGAACAUUGUAUUAUGGAGAGUAUUGAGGGGACUGUGGUCCUUCAUCCAAUCGCAAGCAUGUGUCAGGUGAAUGGGCUCCCUGUGGGCAAGUCACAAAGGAUUAGUCAAGGUGGGUUAUCGAUAAGACCUAUAAAUAUUUUAUUAUUAAUUCAAAAUACUUACCUGCUUAAACCACGAACACCUAUAUUAAAACUCCCGUUUUAACAUUAAUUUGGUUUAACAUUUGCCUGUUACUUUAGUCGGCAAUGUCAGGAUAUGAAGAGAUGUUUAUUCUACUAGUUUCGCUUAAGGCCUGUACCUUCUUGAGAAGUUGUGAGAACUCUCAUGUUGUAAUUCAGUAACGUUGUUAUCUACUUGUAGGAGAUGUAAUCUUGCUUGGGAAAACGAACAUGCUGCGUUUCAACCAUCCCCAGGAGGCUGCGAAACUCAGGAAGAAGAGAUAUGUAAGUUAACUGUAGAUUUUUUCGCUUGCAAGAGGCAAUACAGCUGACACUACUCUAACAAAGUAAAUACAAAAAUAGAACUAAAGCGUUCAAGAUUAUAAAGAAAUAGCCCUAAUAGGCCUCGUCUGGGAAGGGUACCUCAUGAAUUUUCACAACAACGAAUUCCAUGCACAGUUAAAUUGAAGAAACAAAACAAAACAAAAAUGAGUCAAAACAACAACAACAAACACUCACGCACAGUACCACAUAAUGGGGCACGACGGCGCAAUUAGAAAUUUUGCAUUUAACUUUCAUAAGGGUUUAUAUUCUCGCGAUCACUGUCGUUCCUAAUUAUUUUACUGUUACAUUAUGCGGUACAUUUCGAGAAUUUCCACUCAGUUUCGACUUUUUAAAAACAUUUUCAGUAUGAGUCCAUGGAAAAUCUGGCAGACAUUUCAUCGGAGCCCGAGAGGGAGCCGUCUUAUAUGUUCUACAAUGCAGGGUAAGUACAGAACGUAAUUUUGUCUUUUCUGGUUUCUCUUUUAUUUAUAUUACUUCUAUAAAAUAAAAAGGCUUUAAAAAAGGUCAGAACGUUUGGGUAGCCUUUAAUUCCUGCGCGAGGGUCACAUUACAAGAUUUGGUUCACAGACUGAACAUUCUUUGACUGAGUCAGGCUUUUAGAGUUAAGGGGCUUGAGUGAUUGACGUCUGCAAGUAUCGAAGGAAACUUCACUAGUUUCUGCUCAAUGAGAUUAUGUAUCCAUAAAAUGGAAUAAGCGUUGUAUUCGAGUGAUCAAAAUGACUGACGUCAAAGAAAAAAGCAAACGUCAGCUCUGAAUCCGUUCGCUUUCUUUGUUAUCCAACCAAACGUCGCGCGCUGUGCCACUUUUCGCUUAACGGCCAAUCCAAUUUGUUCACACGUUAUCUUUUAUUUAUCAGUAGUUUUAUUUUAUCAGUUUCAAUUUAUGUUAAUUAGUUAAAAUAGACCAUGGUUACCGCAACAGCGUGAAGCCAAUUACGACUCUAAAAAAGUAACUUUAUUCAAAAUAAGAGCACAACAGUAGAUGCUUUAGCUGAAAUGAGAAGAAAGGCAAAGUCAAAUAGAGUUGAAACACCUGAAGCAAUCACCCCAAAUGCCCAAAUUUGUUGGUCGGGUACGCGUAGUGGCCACAUGGUGGUUCGAAUGUGUCAUAAUUUUUCCAGUUUUCUAAAACGCUCCGCUCUGUAGCUGGUCGUUAUCAUGUUGUUUUGGCUUACUGCAUCAAAACCCUAAAGGAAUCGAAAUUAACUCGCGAUUCUCUAUUCAGAACUUCUCUGGGGCAGUUUUCAGGCACGAUAGCUUUAGUUUUGUACUUCUACUCUUUUGAUUGGCUGAAAAUAUCAAACGCCACAUUUUUAAACCAAUCAAAACAAAUUGUGACGUGCACACGCUCCUUUUCCCGCUUCUGACGGCGGGGUACAAGAUUCGACGACGGCGACGGCAACGAGAACAUUAAAAAAGCAAUAGGUUUAAUAAGCUAAACAACAACUUCGCACGUGCAUCACGCUUUUUUGUACAUUUCUUUGCCUUCACUGCACGACUACGACGUAAAAAUACCUAAUUUUAUGUUUGUGGAGGAUGUAAACAAGCAACGACGAAAUUUUCUUUCUCUUUCUGAACUUAGAUGAGUCUCGUAGGAAUUUAAAUCCGGGAGAGUUGGCAUAUAUUUGACAAAGUAUAAAGCGAGUUAGAAUAAUCGCGAUGAAGAUUGAAAAACCGGGAAUUCACUUUUUAAGCGACGUUUUCCCUGUCGUCGCCGUCCUCUCAUCUUAAGGUCCCUAUUUCUUUAAUCCGUGGUCUGAUGUUAUCGUUCGGGUGUCUUUCCCUGUUUUGAUUGGCCAAAGUAAUUACUUUUAAUUGGUUUUGGGUUCCUAAAUCACGUCACGUAUUUGAAAAUCAAUGUCUUUGUUGUUUUCUAUUUUGCAGCUUGGAGCUUGAGCGCCAAUAUCGCGAAGAGACGAGAAGAAUAGAAGAACAAAGGUAAAUAGCGAGAUAUUUAGUUUUAUCAAACUUUACAGGAGCGAACGACAUGUGUGUUUAUUGCAGAAAGUGCAAGUGCGCUGUAGAAUAUGGCUCACAGUCACAGGGUAUAUUCUUGAAAUGGACUCAAAUUUGAUUGAAUAUUUCACGCUUGAUCAGCCUACUCUUAAUUAUUUCUAGGUCUCAUCACUCUACUACCAUCACGUAUAUUAAUAUUAUUUAAAACUGUACCAUUUAGUUCACACCGGCAGAAUUUUGACUAACUUAACGGGCCAUGUAAAUUAUACCUUGCUCUAACAAGAGCGGCCAUUAAAUCAUAUUCCGCUGAAAAGCAAAUAAAUGAAAUUAUCUAUGCUGUGAAAUCUGUGUUGAUCAGAAACUGAGUGCAAGUGGCUUCCAAACGUUUUUAUUCUCUUAUUUAUAACGCUCGUGUAAAACAAAGCCAGCGGACCUUAGCGAGGAUCUGAUUAUCGAGUGUGUGCACUCAAAGUUUCUCUACAUGAUUCUUUCUUGUUUUUAAGACGUCGAACUGAUCAUAAUGGGAAGCUUAAGCAACAACGACGGAGACGGCAACGUUUUUUGUACAUUCUUUGCCGUCGUUGAACGACCACGAUGUGAAAAUACCCUAUUUCAUGUUUUGUUGAGGACGUGAACCCAAGACAACUAGUUUCUAGUUCUUUUUUUAAACUUACAUACAGUCAUUUGGAAUUCAACCCCAGAAAAAUUCACCAACAUUUGACAAAAUGAACGCCAUGGAAGAAGAGCGAUGAAUUUUGAAGAAGCACCAAUUCACGGUUUUUAAGAAACGUUUUAGCUUCCAAAUAUAUCCAACAACGGCCUUAAAACUCGAGUUAACUAAUUGCUCUUGAUGUUUUUUAAGAUGUUGUAGUGAUCUUUCCGUCCCGUCUGUUUUUUUUUUUCAUCAGGAAGAGUCUUGAAACGCAACAGGUUGAGGCUGCGAACAAGUUAGAAGAGGCUAGGUUUGUAUGAUCAUAAUCAGUCACUAGCAAAAACCAAGUGAGGAAUUGAACCAGAUUUCUCCAUUAUUACCUCAUUAUCUUGUUCAUUAACUGAUUAUCGUUACGUUAAAUUGUGGAGGAUUGGUGCCCAUACAUGACCCGUAUUCAUAUUGCGCUUUCGUGUUUUUCGUUCGUAUACAAAAUGAAAGAGCUGUCACUUAGUGAGCUGUACUAUGGCAUCGUCCCUUUUCAACGGUUCAUCCGAGAAUUUUACUGCUCCAUCCGGGUCACCUUAGUCACAGCUGUGGCCAAUCACAGUGGAUGCUGACAUGCCUGAGCAUGCAAUGAACCAAUCGAAACACGAAGGAAGUACCUGUGGUCGAAAGCGCGGGAAAACGCUUGCUACCAAGUCACUUACACAAAGAACACCGCAUUUUUCAGUUUGGAAACAUACUUCGGCAAUAAACAAGUAGAACACAUUCUUUUUCUUUCUGAUGAUGAACACUAUGAUCUGUUUUUGUUUGUUUUAGAGAUGGUUGAUACAGUCGACUUUUUCUAAUAUGACUCAGCAAAUAUCAAAACAAUGCUGAGAGAACGUUAAGAAUAGUGUCCAGGCAAAUUGAAAAAAUUUUGACUUGGGCAAUUAAACAUAUUGCAGGCGGGAACUUGAGUUCCUCCGUUCGCAACAACAGAGAGCUUCGGAAGUAAGAAGCGCGGAGGAAGUUCAGCGAAAAGUAGAGUUGGAAGCGAGCCACCAGCAGCUAGAACUUCAGAAAAAGUAUUUAGAAGAAAUUCGUCAAGAACAGGAACAGGCGCGGGAAAGAGCAGAAGAAGAAAUAAGACAGGUGAGUUAGUCUUAAAUAUUUGCGUUAUUUAAUGAAUACAGAACUAGACAAUCAGUCAGUCAGGCAGUCAUUUAGUCAUUUAGUCAUUCCGUCAGUCAGUCAAGUCUGUCCGUCCGUCCGUCAGUCACUCAAUCAGUCAGUCAUGUCAGUCCGUCCGUCCGUCCGUCUGUCAGUCAAUCAGUCAGUUAGUCAGUCCUUUGGAGCGUCUUUUUUCCAAUUUUUUGCUUUCCAUGAAUCAGGUGAAGGAAAGGAUUCGUCAAGAACAGGAUGAAGAGCGACAGCGCUUGGAAUCUGAGAUGCAGCGUUUAGUGGCACUUGAAGAGGAACACAGGAGAAAGGUGAUGGCCAAGGAAUUGGAGAUGAGCAGGAUAAAAGACGACCUUGAAAGAAAAUGGGAACGUGAAAGGCGACAGGUAUUUCAUUUAACUGAGCUUUCAGCUUCAUUAUUUCGCUAGUUAUAAUCACAAAAAGCCUGAUACUGAAACGAUUUCUGGACUUGCACUGAUUGGUAUUGCAUUGUGUGGCUAUUUUGCUUCUGUCAACUUGCACCCGAACGCGCGCUGAUUUCGUAUCGUGCUUUUUUCGUGAAUGGAAUCAUUGUCAGAUUAUAUGCGGCUAAAAUGCUUCGUUUGGACUUGCGAUGACUCGCAAGGAUUGCGUUCAAUUGGAAUUGCGUUAGAUUUGUUACGGGCAAAUGCUUGCACUGAAAACUUUGACAUUUCCUUUUCUUCAGAAAUCAAAAUUAAACUAGUUGUUUUUUCUUUUAUCAUAUUUUACUUCGUCAUUGCGUCCACGCAGAGGAGAGUAAAUGAAACAUUGCGUAGUGUUGAACAGAACUUUGUUCGUUGUAUACAGAAAUGUUGCUUGACUCGCACUUUCUUCCCAAUUUUUGUUGCAGUGUUUCAGUUGCAUUGUAAAUCACCUUACUGAUAGCCGUAGGCAAAGAUUGUUUAAAUCAUUUUAUCUUUAUCUCAGGUUGAAGUGCAACGUGAAGAGGUAGCAAAGCUACAGCAGGAAAUCGAAACCAAGUCGCAAGAAUUAGAAUUAGCUGAACAGCAAGCUCGAGCUGCAGCCGAACGGAGCAGCACCGCAUCUUCAUCUGGAACGUUAACUCCCUCCACCAGCAGUGACGCGUUACAAGAGGCAGCUGCUGCCGCGCGCAGUGAGGCAGCGGCAGAAGCAGCAGCUAGGGCGGAGCCCGAGGAGAAGAAUCAAUUAGACGUGCUGCGUGAGCGAUUGAAGCAGCUAGAGGCUGAUUAUGAAGAACAGCGGAAGCAGGCGCAGAGGGAGAUGUCACAAGCCAAGGAUUCAGUCCGCAGAGUGGAACAGGAGACGUUAGAGGGACUCCGCAGCCUGACGACAGGGAAGUCGGCGAUUGAAUUCGAGUGGCGUCGCUUGGAGGAACUGCAAGCGAAGCACAAACGAGCUCAGGAGCAGGCUUACGUCAAGAUAAAAGACGUGCGCGAGAUGUUAGAGAGUGCGGAGGAAGUAGAGGAAGCGUCACUAAUUGAGAAGGAGAAAAUGAUCAUGGAGAGAAGAGCUGCGAGAAUGAAAGUGGAGGAAGCAAGAAGAAGGUGAGAGGAGUUUCUGCCAUAUCUGAAGCCCGAAGGGCCAAAAAAAUAUUUUUUUAGAGACCGCCCCCCCUCCCCCCCUUUAUCUAAGGGUCUGGAUGACCGGGCCCCCACCCCUUUAUCCCAAGGUCUGGAUCCGGUACUGUAAGGUUCUUCGUAAGGGGCUUUAGGAGGGGUUCAUAUCCGAGGGGGACUUAUAACCGGAAUAAAGAAUACGCUUCGUAUUCAAGAUACAUGCAAACGAGUCCGUGUGAAUUUUCAAGUACAUAUGGAUGCGUGCCUUGACGGCUUCUGUCCACACUAGAACAAUGGUAAACGGAUAAAUUUCGUUACCGGGUGUACAUAAAGAGACAAGUUUGUAUACGGGUUCGUGCGGACAUAAUCUUAGUUUGCCGGGUUGUGUUAAGUUUGGUCAGUAAAACUCAGGCUUAACGCGUCUUUUUGAUUAAAAACUCUGUCUCUAUAAAACUAGGCUGUAUAAUUUAAUGUCACGUGGUUUUGUUUCCAAUGGUCUUGUGCAUGACAACGGCGACGAGGACCAAGUGAGGUCACAGUAGUUCAAGGAUAGGCGAAAUUUAAAUCUGAGGAGGCAGCGUGACCGAGUGGUUAGAGCGCUGGACUUACGAAUCGGAGGCCCCGAGUUCAAGUCCCGCUCUGAUCGCUGGCUGGAUUUGUUUUCGGUAGUCCCAAGUUCAAAUCCUCGGCCACACUUGUAAAUAACUAACUGGUUUGCCUCCGGCCAGUUGGGAUUCUUAACCCUUUUGAGUUCAAUUUGAAUUGUUUGUUUCAGGCACUUGCUCGGUCCCACUAGCAUUAGUGCUAUAAAUAGUGUCGAGGAUAAAUACCGGAAUUAUUAUUAUUGUUUCACGUCAGGUUUUAAAAAGAUUGUUUAUACCAGGUUCUUGUUUCAUUGACAGGUUGGAAGAGUUGGAAAACGAAGAUAAAGAUGUGGAGCUAACUGAAGACGAUUUCACGAAAAAGAAAGAACUUUUAGAAUUCGAAACUCGCGAGGAAAUCAAGGAUAUCAGAGAGGAACGAAAAAUUUUGACUGAACUUUUGCACAAACAUCAAACGGCGCUUCAAAAGGCGACGCUGAUGGUAACAGAGACUAAAACCAAGUUAGAGAAACAUCUGGAGAGCGAGAAGCUUAUUCUCCUGCCGGUCAGAGAAAAGGUGGAGGGUUUGGUUCGAAAUGAGCUUGGACCGUUGAUUGAUUACGAACAGGAAAUAGAGAAAAAAUGUGAGGAUGUUGACCGGGAGGGACGUGAGCGCAAGAAGUUAAUCUACAAGCAGAGGAGACGAAUCGCUCUGCUAGAGCGGCAACACAACCAGGCGCUGCAACAAGCAGAGAAAGAAACGUUAAACGAAGAAGAACUUGAAGAGUUGGAGAAUGAAAGAGAAGCAGAACGUAGUCUGAUAAGGAAAGAAAAAGUUCGAUUGCUGGAGCUUGAGAAAAAGCACAAAGAACAGCAAGAGGUCGCGGAGCUGACUAUCGGAGAAGCUGUUCAGGAGCUGGAAAAACGGAAAUCGAGCGUGAAUCAGCUUUUGGACGCAGAGAGGCGAAAGUUAGCUGAUUUAGAAGCUGUACAUAAGGAGACGUUAGAGCACGUGGAACAAGAGCUGGAACAGCGAUCAGAGAUUCUGCACCGAGUAAAGGAUAAAGUACAGAAGGACAAACGACAACUUGCAAAGCUGGACGUGAGGCAGCAGCGAUGCGCGGCCAAAGCGGCGGAGGAGUUGUUCCUCAUGGCGGAUCUGUUGGAGAAGGAAAUGAGCGACAAGGGAAAAACAGAUGAGUUGAUUAGAAUUAAGGAACAGAGGAAGAAACUUCAGGAGUUAGAUAAGCAGUUGAGAAUGGCGGAAAAAAGAGAGAAAAACUCAAGAGGAGAUGACGCCGAGAACCCGCAGUGUAUUCUGUUGUAAUUUCCCGGAGAUGGAUGGCCUUAAUCGUCACGCAAAUCCUCUCGGUGAAAAGCGUUGCGUGGCAAAGAAGCCUUGCGUGACGAUUCAGUCAUCUUUAUUAAUUCUCUUUAUGUAAAACCCGCUCUUCUUUUUCUGUUCGUCGGUUUGUUUGGCGUGCUUUGCUACAAAGGUGGUGGCUACCUUACUUUUCUCAAUUUAACGGAUCAGGCGUUUAUUUCAAACGCCUUGUGUGUCCGAAAUUUGUUGGAAACUGGAGGGUUUAUGGAGCGAGGUUUGCUAUUUUUCUUCUUGAAAACUUGAAAACCCUUUUAUCUCAAGUUAUCAUACCAAAAAACUAAUGACCAAGGGUAUAAAUAUUACUUAAAACAUCCUCUAUUGACCCGGCGUUUAGUCAACAAAAUUUGAUAUGCCCUAUACUAGAAUCCUGGAUUUUUCUUCGUUUCUAUUUCAUCUUCUGCAUUGGUUUGCUAUGUUGUUAUAUAAGGAAUGUCUGGUAAGAUUCCCAGGGAGGAGGGAGUGAGGGGAGUUUGCUCUCCACUAUUCAGAGCGUUCAAUGAAAUCUUAAUUGUUUGUUAGGUAUAUUUCUCAAUUGUUAAAUUUUCGUGCCAGGAAAUUGUUUUAGAGCGGUUUUGUUGGUUGUUGCAAUCAAACCAAAACUAUUUUAUCUCCUUGCUUUGUGAUCCAGCGAAACGUUUUUUAGGCCUCGUGUGGUAAAUUUUGUUCGAAAAAACCAUAUUAACUGAUGUCACUGGUGUUAUCCGCUGGAAAACCUCUAACCGUUGCGAAAGCGCGGAUCUCGGGAAGGCGCGGUAACGUCAAAUCGGCGGCUAAAUAAUACACAAAUGGUCCUAAGGAUUUCAAAGAGCGCUGGAAAGAUUUAUAAUCUCGUAGGUUUUAUGCCUUAAUCGAACUCUUCCCUUCUUUUCUGUCUCUGCUUUCUCCUCUCUUUGUUUUCUUGAAUUGUUUUCAAAGAUUUAUAGACGUAGCGUACAUUUGGCCAGCAACAAUCGAUGGAAAACCGUGUAAAACGAGUUCCUUGCAAAUUUAUAUCGAUCUUUGUACAUAUAUCAAUUAAUCCCAAAAUACAGUGUCGGUUUUGAGUUUAUAAACCUAAAUUUGAGCGCGUACAACAGUAGGAGAAUUAUUUAAAAUUGGUUAAGUAAAAGUGGUUUUGCUUUUAUUUGGAAAUGUAAACUAAACGCAAGAUCGCAAUUGAAACGUUAUUGCCUUGACAGUUUAUUUAUCUAAAAAAAUUUAGUGUUACUCAGUAAAGAAAACUUAAGAUUUUUUGUAAUUUGAAUCAACUUGAAACGCAUUUCUCCAGAUCAGAGGAGAUCAUUGCUAGCCAGUGAUUUGUGCGAAGAAAACCUCUUUUCAUUCGUUUACAAUGUUAUUUAAAAAUAUUAAUGAAUUAAAGUCGUUCGUUGGACAAAAUAUAUUUAUUUCGGCGAACUAAUGUAAGGAUGAGUUUAUUUUUGUUUUACCGUCUUUUUUUUUUCGAUAAUGAAUUGUACAAAAUAUUAAUUAUAACCCUGUGGAUAGGGAGUUAGUAGAAAAAAAGAGGUUAAUUAAGGGAAAAUGUACCUCAUCCAGUGAUAAAUGUCUAUACGUAUACUAAACAUACUUCAGGGAACUGUUACCAAAAGCGCCCUUUUAGGGCGUGUUUACAAGGAGGUGGGGGAUCACUCCACCUACCAUGUGAACGUGAUCAAAUUAAAAUGAGAGAUUAUAUGGACAGACGGGUUACCCCACUUAAGCGGGUAACCUCACCUACCUGAGGUUGUACACAGGCCCUUAAUUAAUGCGAUCGUAAAGAAAAAGGCGGAAGCUAGUUUGGGUUUUAAAACCUUAAGCGUAUGCCUUCUCCUGGGGUGGGGUACUUUAUCAAAAUGAAGGGGGUUCUUGUUGUACUUUUUAAGGGUUCAAAGUGCGGGGAUUGGUACCGCUUAGAUUGCUUCAGUUUCCAACAGUCCCCACCAUUAGACCUGUAGUAAUAUCUUGCAGGGGCCUUAAUUGGGGUCGAAACUGAAGUGAUGGGAACUAGUCGUCAAAAUGUUCUGAGGAUCGCGCACAAAUCGAGAUUCUGGUAUCAUUUAGAAGUGUCUUUGGAAUUUUCCGACGAGCACCUUCGUCAUUUUUGUAUGGACGUUUCCCUUGCGGCUCACUUAGGUGAGUUAGGUAGGUAGCUUAAACUCUGAUUUGUUGUAGGAUAGGGUAAAGACUAGUUCCAGGAGUUAUCAACAGUAAAAGAAACUGCGAAAAUCACUGUUAAUGUGAUAUUGAAUAAAGAAUUAACGGAUUAUUGUCUC